UAUACUUGACUAAAAGCUGUUACAACUUUGACCAUAAAAAUGGUGUCUAAUUACCACCCUGCCAUUGUGUGUUGUGGUCUGUUACUACUUGGCCUUGUGAAUGUCAUGCACCCUGCGGUAGGGGUGCUGGUAGAACAGCAGCCGUUGAUUCUCAAGUACCAUAACGGUGAGCUCCUGAAGGGGCGGAUCACCGUUAAUCUGUUAUGGUACGGGAGUUUCACGCCAAUCCAACGAUCAAUAAUCGUCGACUUCAUUAACUCCCUGAGCUCUUCCUCCCCUGGGACCUCACUUCCCUCCGUAGCCACGUGGUGGAACACUACCGAGAAGUACAAGGGAGGAUCCUCUGCACUCGUCGUAGGGAAGCAAAUCCUGCAUCAGGCCUAUUCUCUCGGAAAGGACCUCAAGGGAACGCACCUUCUCGCACUCGCUUCGAGCUUCAACGACCUCUCCGCCAUUCACGUCAUUCUCACCGCCAAGGACGUCGCCGUCGAUGGUUUCUGCACAAGCCGCUGCGGGACCCAUGGUUCGAUCCGACCCGCCAACGGGAAGGCCCGAGUUGCAUAUGUCUGGGUCGGGAACUCCGAGACCCAGUGUCCCGGAAUGUGCGCAUGGCCCUUCCACCAGCCCAUUUACGGCCCACAGACGCCGCCUCUUGUGGCGCCAAACGGCGACGUUGGGGUUGACGGAAUGAUCAUCAACCUGGCAACGCUGUUGGCGGGCACCGUCACUAACCCUUUCAAUAAUGGGUACUUCCAGGGCCCAGCCACGGCGCCGCUGGAGGCAGUUUCCGCCUGCACGGGGGUUUUCGGGAGCGGGGCGUAUCCGGGUAACCCGGGUCGGGUUUUGGUGGAUAAGACAACGGGGGCGAGCUACAAUGCUAACGGCGCGAACGGGAGGAAGUACCUGUUGCCGGCGAUGUGGGACCCACAAACCUCGGCAUGCAAGACGCUCGUGUGAGGUUCACCGAUCAGGGGUUUGGGUUUGGGUUUGGUGAUGACUGAUGAUGAAAAAUGAAGACGGACGAUGGAGGUUGCUGUUUGUGGUUUGAAAAGCUUCUUUUGUCGUUUAGUGUGACGUGUAAAUUCUCUUUCUAUAAAGAAAAGAAUGUUCAAAAUAUGGAAUACGGUAAAUAAUGGAGAAUAUUAUUAUUUUUAUUUAUAUCAUGUAACUUUAUAUUUCUAAAGUUUGAAAAUGAAGAAUUGAGUUAA